AUGCUGCGACUUGUCUUGUUGUUCAUCAUUAGCAUCAUUGUUGGUUGUUCUUGUUGUUUCAACAUUGUGUUCAUUGAAGGAGCUCAAAUUCCAUUGAUAAAAUCCAAUCCAUUGGAUUCUUUUUCAUCAUCUCUUCCUCGUCGUCGUGAUGAAACUUGCACUCAAUUCGCCAAUCGUUAUGAACCAUUUGAUUACUUUUUAUUGUCCAUUCAAUGGCCUGGAACAGCAUGUGUUGGAAGAAAACCCAAUGAAUGUUUGGUACCUGAUUUUAUUAAUGAUUUUACAAUUCAUGGUUUAUGGCCUCAAUUCAAAAAUCCUGCCACUUAUCCUGAAUGUUGUUUCAAUGUGACCUUUGACAUUCAUCAAUUAAAUCCAAUUAUUAAUGAUAUGAAUCAAAAUUGGCCAUCCUAUUAUCAUCCCAAUGAUUACUUUUGGACUCAUGAGUGGCUCAAACAUGGAACUUGUGCUAAUGUUACAAUUUCACAAUUGACUUACUUUUCAAAUACUCUUCGAAUUUAUUCUAAAAUGCAUCUUGUGGAUGUUUUGAAAAAGGCAUCUAUUAUUCCUUCUCAUGGUAGCUAUAGUAAGCAAAGAAUGGAGGACACAUUAAAGAAUGCAGGAUUUCCUGGUGUCAUUGCUUGCACAAGAGAUAAAUCGAGUAUUGAGGAAGUUCGAUUUUGUGUGAAUAGAGAUUCCUUACAAUUGAUGGAAUGUGAUCAAGCUUUGAUUAAUGACAUUCAUACUCACAAUCCUUGUAAGGAUACUAUUUCAUAUCCACCCAUUCAUUAA